UAGCAUAUCAUUGUAUAAUUUAAAUAUAUAUAUUUUUAUAAUGACACAAACCCGUAAAUUAACGUGUGACGUCUAAGGAUCCUGGGAAUCCCCACACUUACAAGCACACUUAGUAAGCGCCGCUGUAGUAACCGGCGGACAGCUGAUGAACGGAGUGAAGGAAUUAUCAAAGACGCAAAGAAGAUCUUCAUGUCAAAAUAAGGGAAGACUGUGAAGUUGGUGAGACAUGUCUGCGGCUAAGACGAUUGAUAACCGGCAUGGUCCUGAAAGUGACACGAAGCCGUCUCCGACCACCGCGACAACGGAAUACUGCGCAAAGUUGCAGCAGUGGAUGUGGCAGUACUACUGGGGGUAUGCUAACUGGCAGGGUUGGAUGACACUGACAGCUCUCCCUUUCCCCCCACUGUGCACUUUCCCUCCUCCUGGCACAAGCUCUCAGACUCCAGGUGUACCUGCUUCCAACCCGGGGCAGCAGACUUACGAUCCGGUAAACUGGUACAGCUAUCCGUAUCCUCUCAGUUUCCCUGCUGCAUCCUUCUCUCAUCAUGCUCAGACCGGGCAGAGCUCAGCCUCGACACCGUCCACAGCUGCUGAUGGCCGGCCAGCCCAGCAGCAGAAUGGGAACCCUCCUCAGGCAGGACGGGAGUACAUCAUCCCCUCUCCUCUCCAGAGGUUCCUGGCUGAGACAGUGGACUUCUUUAUACUUUUCUGUGUGAAGGCCACAAUCGUUCUGUGGAUCAUGCAUCUGAGUGGUAUGAAGGACAUCGCCAAAUUUAUCACGCAUUUCAUUGUGGAGGAAAUAGAUGAGAACACAUCCAUGGAGGACCUGCAGAAGAUGAUGGCUGUAGCUCUGGUCUACAGGGUGCUUGUGUGUGUCUAUGAGGUGAUCUGUAUUUGGGGCACUGGAGGUGCCACACCAGGGAAGUUCCUGCUUGGUCUGCGGGUGGUCACAUGUGAAACAUCCACCCUGGUCCGACCAAACCGAGUCCUUGUUGUCCCGGCAUCUAAUGUUUCCCUUUCUGCCUCUACAGUGCGGGCUCUCAAUAAAAACUUCUCCAUUGCCUUCCUCUUUCCCGUCUUCAUCACGCUCCUCUUCUUCCAGCACAACAGGACUGUGUAUGACAUUGUGGCAGGAACCAUUGUAGUCCAGCGUAGAGGAGGAAGAUAGCCUCUUCUCCUGCAGUAGACUGUUGUAUUCACGGUAGGUCAUUGACAGGGUGCUACAAACCAAUGCGAGUAGGGUGUAUUAAACAAUUCAAAUCAGUCAGAAGUGGUUAAUUUCUUCCCUGGAUCAAACAUGAACUUCACCUGCACUUUAAAACUGGAUGUGCUCAGCCUUAGUCCUGGCCUGAAAUCAAAAGGAUUCAGCUCUACACCCUUUGGUUUAAGAUCUCUUUUUUGGGGGGGAUUCUUGGAUCCGGACAUUAGCUGUCGGGAGACACUCAGGGGUAUUUUGGUUUUUGAUCAACCCAAAAUAGGUCUAGCUGAAAACGCUGUUUUCAAAUGAUCCCCAAACUUUUCAUCAUAUUUGACUCUUAAUGUUUUUCCAAUGUAAUGAUACUAUGUUUUAAUCUUAAAUGAUAAUGAACACAAUUAAAAAUACAAUUUUAAGAGAAAGCGUUCUACACAUAUGGCCUAGAAAGCAGGACUUACACUACCCGAUACAGGAAUUUGCAGUGUUUUCUUAAACCCAUCAUUCCUACAAGUUAUAAGUCAAAUGUUUGGUUUGAGGAUGAUUUUUUAAUAUUUUAGGCUUCCAGCAGCACACUGAGAGAUAUCUACGGGUGCAAAUUUGGGAUUCAGUGGUCUGCCUAAGGAGAAGAAAUGUUUGUUAGUUCUUGCUCAUACUUUCUGUCUUCAGACUUGCAUUAUUUGUGACUCAGGGCACCAAUAGAACCACUGAUUGUAUGAACUUAGUUUUUGAAUGCAUGGAUUUUUUUUAGAUUUUAAACUAUUGGACACAAAUAUAUAGGGCUUAUUGCUUUUAAUUUGAAUUUUUUUUCAAAACAGUUUUUAAGUCUUGUGUCUUGAAUUACAACGGUGACUCUAAAAGGCAAUUCAUAUAUGCAGCCAUUGGAUGUGAUGCAAUUUAUUUUAAGCAGACUCUCCAAAAUUCAUAAUUAGUUAAUUGUCUUGCAAGCUGAAGCCCCACAUUUAGCUAUCGCUGUCGGAAGUUUGUUGCUCGCAGAUUUGUCCAAGCGUCUAUGUUGUAAACUAUCCAGCAUGGCCUGCCUUUGGUGAGGGGGAGGAGGGCACUCUGCAUCAGCUGUGUGCUUGGCCUACCAGUGGUAUUUGAAUCUCAACGUACUCUGAUGGUAGCUCGAUACACAAUGAUAGUGAAUGAAAAUAACUUUCAUCUUGCCUAGAGAACCAUCUGGCAGGAUUUUAGAGAUAAACUUACCAUGACCCGUUUUUUAUUCAUUACUGCUGAAGGAGGUUUGCCUCAGCUUGACAUCCACAACAUUACUGAUGCAUUGCUUCCUGAGUUCCCAAACGAAUGGAUGGGCCUAACCAUGUGCGUGCAUUAAUUACUGAAUCAGGACACAACUUUUGCUUUAAUAAUGGUGAUCUCAUUUUUCUGCAGUCCAGCAUAGAAUCCUCAAUUUUGGAAACAGAUUUUUAUUCUUCUCUCCACCACAUUUCAGUCUUUAUGAGUACACUCACGUUGAAUGUAAAACAACGUAGUAAGGUAUUAGAGAACAGUUUAAUUGUUAACAAAUAUUGUGAAAUACUUUGAUAUCAGUGUUGCUCAUUUUUUUUUAUUUGUCCAACAUAUUACCUCUGUCAUAAACAGAUGAACAUUGAAUGUUGUGUCAUACUGGUACAUGUUUUAUGCAAAUUGAUCAAUCUGGAAUUGUAUUUGAUAAAUUGCUUCACAUAUGCCUGUCUUUAUAUUCUACUUAAACAAAUUAAAACAUUCUAAGGAAAUAUUUUUCAAGUUACAAACUGAAUUGUGUGAGGAAUAUGAACAUGUAAAUGAAAUAUAAAGCACAGCCAAGGAGAUUGUUGGAGAAGAAUGAAUAAAAAUUUCCACUUA